CAGGACAGUGGUCUAGUGAGAAAGUAGUUUCUCAAGUGAUUUGUUGUUCUUGAUCAUACUGGUUUGAUUCUUUGUUAUCAUCAGUUGAGUUUUUGAAAGUAGAAUUUCAGAGAGAAAGGUACUGUCUGGAGUCCCUCUCUGAAGAGGUGAAUCAUGAAGAGGAAACAAAAAAGGAAACAUCUGGAAAGCCCAUCGUCCCCCCCAAGUGCCAAAAAGUCAAGAGAAGAUCUGGAGAAUCAACAAAAGGCAGCGGCCUCAAAUUCAGUCCAGAUGACAAAGAAGGCUUCAUCUUCUUCUUCAGAGUAUUUCUCCAUCAACUCUUUGGAAAACAAGCUCACUGGUGCUGAAUUCAAGACCACCCAGGAGGUCGGAGCCCAUCCCAAGUCCUCUGCCGUGGUCCCUCCUGGUGGUGAGGCUGCAGAAGAAUCAUCUGCCUCAUCCUACUACACCUGUUUUUCUUCCAUAUCGCAAAUCAUUAGGGCUAAUCAGGAUGAAUUCAAGACCACCCAGGAGGUCGGAGCCCAUCCCAAGUCCUCUGCCGUGGUCCCUCCUGGUGGUGAGGCUGCAGAAGAAUCAUCUGCCUCAUCCUACUACACCUGUUUUUCUUCCAUAUCGCAAAUCAUUAGGGCUAAUCAGGAUGGAGCUCCUCAAACAGACCAGCUUGUUUCUUGUUCCAAGAAAUGUGAGACUUCCUCACACUUUCUAUAUAGCUCCUUUACUUUGCAGCUGGCUAAUGAUCCUAAGCCUUCUGUGUCCUCUGCAAACACAGAAGAGGAAACAUUCAUGAACGUCUACUAUAUGAAUGUAAGAACAAAAAGGGGUGUGGCUGUCCUCAAUGAUGAGCAAGAAAGCCUGGAGCCUCCUACCAAAAAAACAAAAAAAGAAAAAAAGACCUUUUCUGAUCUCCAGGGAGCAGUCACCCCCUCUUGCACUACUAAGGAGCCACCAACUUGCAGUGCAUCCAGGCAGACAAUAGAAGAGCAGGAGAAAGGGAAGGAGGCUGACAGUCCACCAGUGCCUCCAGCUGCCGAGGAAUAUCCCAGGGCCAAGACGCCUGAAUGGCUCGUGACCCUGGAUAGUGGCUUCAGGUGCAUGGCCUGCUGCCGGGUCUUUCCUAGCUUGGAGGUCCUCCAGGAACACGUGAAGCAUGGAGUCCGUGAGGGCUUCAGCUGCCAUACUUUCCAUCUGACCUUGACUUUGCUGGAGAGAAAGAAAAGGGUAGAGAAGGAAAAGAGUAGGCAGACAAAGAAUACUAAGAAUACUGGCAUAUAGAUGCCAGAAAGCGAAAAAUUUUGGCCUGAAGUUGUCUUCAUACAAAUAAACAGAACUCUUUCUAGUCCCUCCGGGAGAAGCAGCAGAGUAGGCCAGACUCUACUGAGACGGGCUUCAUCUUCUCUAAGAAGCCCUAGGACCCAUUUUUGUUUAUGCACAUCCACCACCACCACCACUGCCAGCCCACCACCACCAGGAGCAGACAACCCCUUUCAACUAUCUCCACUGCUCUCCCAAGAAGGAGGGAGAAGAAGGCAGUUCACACCAUGCAGAACUGCAAGAUGGUCUCAUACAAACUAAAGAGCAAUGACCACUCACAUAUCAUCUCUACCUGAAAAAAGGAGACUGACUGAAGGGAAAACUGCUGGGGGCUGGAUUGUAGAAGAGCAACACAGACCCACUGGCCCAAAGAUUUCAAAUGAUGGUGUCCAGCACACCCUGCAGUCUGAUGGGAGCACAGAAGUUCUCCUAAGCCCGCCUAGCAUCUAGGGAUGACUGGCUGAAGAUAGAUAUACCUGAUACUCUGCAGCUGCUCCCAGUUGACCUGGUAAAAUGCGGUGCCCAGCUCUAGAGAAAAUAUCCGCCUAGAGCUGUGAGAAGUACAAGGAAUGCUGGGAAUUACUGGGCACUCAGGAGCCCCAUGGGAUAACUCCUGCUGACCCUCCCCACCCUGCCAGGAGGCAGGCACCACUGAAAAUCCCUGCAAGAUUGCCUUGUUGGGAAGAGGGCAGUUUGGGUAGAGAGAUGUUAGUACUGUGAUCAGGCCAUGACAUCUUCCUAGAGCUUUGGCUGGUGGAAUAAGAAGAUUGAUGACAGCUUGGCAGAACUCAAGGGAGGAGACUGUUAACUUGACAGAGGAUCUAAAAGGAUAUUUCUGAUCUCUUUCCUCCGUUUGACUUCUACUUGUUGCUUCUCAAGUCCCUCGAUUUACUGUAGGUUUGGAGACCUGGCUUGUAGUCUUACUCUCCAGGCCCGCCCUUACUCUUCACUCCUCCACGUCUUCUCUCUAUGAAUAUGUGCCUGAACACUCCAAAUAUCAAUGGUCCAGAUUGUAAUCCAUAUUCUUCCUCCCCUCCACUUGCACCCAAACAUUUGCUCCACUGUAGUCUCUGUUAACUUAUACUUAUUUUUCUAUAUCCUUUUCUUUAUAUGAACAUACACCUUUCUCCUUAUCUUUUUCUAAUAUACUCACUUGCACAGUUAUCUGGCUGACAGAUAGACAUUCUUAUUAUUGAGAGAGAAAAAGCUAUUUCACAAAUGAAACAAAAGCAAAGAAAACCCCCCACUUGGCUUCUCUGAGCUUGUGCACACAUAGGUGUGCAAAUACUUCUUAUACAGUCACAGGAGAGAGGAUGGAACAUGUAAUAAAUCAUCAUGGAUGAUCAAAUAUGUCUACACAAGGGUGUCACAGAAGUCAUAAUGCAGCCUUAAACUUAAUUUUAGAAGCAUAAAAGACACCAAGUUUUGAAAAAUAUAAUUUACAUGUUCAAUUAUUUGCAAGUCACUUACACUUCAAUUGUGCAUUUUCAAAGAUAAAUUUUUAAUAUUUCUUUUGUCACUCUUCCAUAAUCAAUCAGAAGGUCAGAAACAGGGAAAUUUUCAAGUGUUCUUUAUAGUUCGCAAAUAAUAUAAGGAAAAUUAAAAUAGUUCAACUUUGAAAUGGGAUCAUUUGUAACUUUUAGCUUUGCACUUUCAGAAGUGCAUGUUUCAGAAGUUCAUGACUGCUAUAUGGCGUUUGGGACAUACAUAUUUACACAGGUUUGUAUAACAGUUUAUAUAUGUAUAUAUAUACAAACCUGUAUAUACCUAGGCCUAUACACGUAUUUCCUUUUCUCUCUAUAUAUAUCUCAGAUAUAGUGAGGCUGUCCCCAUGGAUAUGGACAUAUAAGAAGUUUAUGUGCACCUGUGUGCCAUUGAAGCCAAGAGAAGGAUUAUAAUUGUUUUUGCUUUCAUCUGCCUAGUUCUUUAAUCUUCUUCCUGUGAUAGUGUCUUCACUUUCUGGCCAAAUAUAUGGGCAAGCAAGUCAGACUAGCCAAGUGAAGUCCUUACUUCAACACUUGGCUUACAUAGUUUACCUAGGUGUAGAACCUGUGUUGGAACAGUCUGUACUGAUAGCUUAGACAAUUGAAACAGGAGCUAGAGACUGGGCAGUUUCCUGGUGAGUGAUCUUUUGUCCGCAACCCAAAUUAAAGUCUGUGAGCCUGCACUGCACUCCUUCAGUUCUUCUUUUUCGGAUGACCUGGCCAUUUCAGUUAGGACUUUAAUAUGCUAAGCAUCUCCACCAACCCUUCAAUAAAUUCUUGUUUUGUUUGCAUUAGCCUGAGUCAUUUACUGUUGUUUGAAACCUAAUGUCCCUUAAUUUGGAUGCAAAUUAGCUUCAAUAUGAUCAUUUCUUCCAUUUUAUUUAUGGAAACAGUAUGGCCUAGAAUGAAAUAAUAUAUUUCUCUGACUUUAUACUGAAACAGUAAGGGAUAUACUUAAACUCAGUAGGUAUACUAUAUCCUUGAUUAAUUAGGAAGGUGCAGGAAAAAUGUUUGGGUGUAUAAGCAAAAGAUCAGACUUCAAAACAGUCAAACUGGAUUUUAUCUCUUACUGCCACUUAGCAAAUUCACAGACGUUCUGAGUCAAUGUUCUGUCUUAAAAAUGGAUUUCGUAAUACUAAAGUAAUCCUAGUGGGGAG